AUUUACGUUUGCUCAUUUGACAGGUGCAUAAUAUAGACCGCACAUGGUUCUAUAUACUGUACCCAUAUGCAUAGUAUAGUAAAAACAAUAAGUCUUUUGGUAUUAGUAAUUUCUCUUGCUAAUCAGUGGGAGUGGGAGAGUCUCCCACUGGGAGAGACAGCUUAUCUAUACAUAACAACUCCAUGCAUAAUAUGCUCGAGCUCUUUUAGUCAUAGUCAGCCAAGAAGAUACGUCAGCUGGACAACGUUACAGCGCGCGGUUGUAUCAAUUUCGUAUAUACUUAGAUACAUUUUUGUUUUCUCUCUAUCCUUUCCACGUCACUUGCUCCUCUUAAUAUCGCCUCUCUCACAAAACACCUUUCGCACUGGUGCGUCAAAACACAAAAAAAAAAAAAAAAAAGCCCGAGUGCCAGGACUCCCAGGACAUGCUGCUGGUGGACAUGCUGUUGUUAUGUUGAAGGAGUUUCGGCAGCUGUUGUUGUUGACGAGGCGUUGGCGAUACAAGGGUGAUCUAGGAGGAAAAAAAACAUGGUUUCGAUCGUCAAAAAUCAGCUGCUCAAGCAUUUGUCCAGAUUUACCAAGAACUUGUCGGCAGAUAAAAUCAACUUGAGUACAUUCAAGGGAGAAGGAGAGCUAACAAACUUAGAGCUCAAUGAAAUUGUCCUAACUGAUUUAUUGGAAUUGCCGUCAUGGCUGAGGCUGACAAGUGCAUGGUGCAACAAAGUUACCUUUCGAAUUCCGUGGACCAAGUUAAAAAACGUUCCUAUAUUUUUGAAAUUGGAUGAAGUGAGAAUUGAAAUAGAAACUUGUGAAGACUUGAGAGAUGUAUCUUCUCCUCAAGGUUCAUCAUCAAAUGCAGGUCCUACAAAGUACUCCUACAUCCACAGAAUAAUUGACGGAAUAACUAUCGAUGUUAACUUUGUUUGUGUAUUGUUUAAAAGUCCAGCAUUCAUUGCUGAAGUCAAGAUUUCUAGAAUAUUAGUAGAAUCAAAGUCUCCAACGUGGCAAAGGUGUGACUUGAGAACAACAAGAGUAAAAGAUCCAGACAGGGGCCAACUCUUAAUAUUUAAAGAAUUGGAAUGGCAAACCUUAAGAAUUGAAGCACAAAGUACUAAAGAUAAGAACCUUACACCCCUUCUUCUUCUCACAAACCAAGCACGAUGCAGAGUUACUAUUAAAAAACGUUUAUCCGAUUGUUUUGUAAUGGGGUCACGACUGGUUAUUAUUCUUGAUGAUCUCAUUUGGGUCUUAACUGACUCUCAAUUAAAGGCAGCUUUGCACUUUAUUGAUUCUCUUGCUGGAUUGAUAGAAAAGGCAACUGUUUUGGAAAGGAAAACAAAAGCAGCAAGGAAAUUAGAGUUACUCCCAGAAUAUCAAGCACAAGUAUCUCAGCAGACGAGAACGAAAAAUCAAAACAACACUGCCAUUGCAAAAAUAUUCAGUAGAUAUGACUUUGUCGAGACAUCUUAUCAUUUUCUAUCUCAGAGAAUAGACUUGCAUCUCUGUGAUGACACGGAGUGCAGAUCCCUCCAUCCUGAACUAAAAGAAGGUGGCGCAGUGCGAAUCUUGCUGGUCAAAUUUCAAGUUGACUACUAUCCAUAUCAUUUAGCUUUGGCCGAUCGAAAGCACUGGGCCCUCUACAAAGAAAGCGGCACCCCGCACAGUCAGUGGCUGCAGCAGUCUCUGAAUUCUUUCCGUGGCCAAUUCAUGGAUCUCAUCGAUGCCGGCCGUACGCAACAGUCUCCGCUAAACAAGACUCACAGCAACGGUUCUGAAAACGACAAAGAAGCGGAGAAUCGCGAAAAAGCGUUAAACAAUCAAAAUCAGAACGUAAAUGCUCAGGAGCAUAAGAGGGUAUCCCAGCAACCUAGCGGGAAUCCUGUUAAAAAUUACGUAUUAGAGCAACUUGCAAAACUGAUGACGACGUGUAUCAUUAUCAGAAUAGAAGAUUUCACGUUGUACAGGGUGUCAACGUCAUCAAAAAAGGCUCUGCCCAAGGAAUUCAUAUCAGCUCAAACGAGGAAGAAACACGGUCCAGGUGACCAAGGCAAGUUUCCUUUGCCAGAAGACGUCAACAUCAUUCACGCUGAGUUUACUUACUACUAUUAUCCUGGCGAUUUGAAUUUUCCACUGCCACCGCCAAAAUUUUACGUGCAAGUGAAGCCUAUUCAAAUAAACUUUGACGUUUGUUCCUGCCUUUGGUUUAACUCGUUCUUUCUUAAUUUGUAUCACUCGCUUUUAAAUAACAGUAACGGUAUGACACACCCUUCUUCAGACUUGAUGUACUUUGAUGUAAAAAUCGAAGCAAUAUUACCGCGAAUAAUAUUCGAGAGCCAGCAAGACUAUCCCAGUCAAAAAGACAGGCCAAAAUCGUUACACGUGCAAACGUCGAGAGCGAUCAUAACGAACGUCAGGUCGACCGAGCGCUCGUCAAGAGCCGACUUGGCCCAAUGCCUCAACGCCUUUCAAAUGGGUCAGAUGUUCUUCGGGGUCGAUUUUCCCAACAAAUCAAAGGACUUUCACGUGGUCACCGAUAAACUUCUCCAGCACUGCGCCGGCACCGAUGGCAUCAGAUCGAUACCGGCGAACUUUUCGAGCAAUUCCGUCAACGAGAUGAUCGGCCAGCUGAGCCGAGGAUUGCUCUGGACCGAAGCGAAGGACGUGUGGUGCUGCAAUCUCGACCCCGUCUGGGGUGACUUUUUCGGCGCUCGAGCCGUCGGUCAGAAUCGUCCGGUGCCCUUUCUCGACGCCUUUCCGCUGACCCUCUGGCUACACAUGAGCGACGCGCCGCCGGAAUCGUCAAAGGGCGCCGACAUACACGGCCUGGCGUACAUCAGUAACUUGAUUAGCGUGCAAAUCAAUCACUAUCAGUACCUUUUUCUACUUAGGAUGUCCGAAACGAUAUCCGAGCUGGCCACGUACUUGUCCAUCGACUCCAACAGAAUCUUGAAAGUCGACAACGGUGGUUCGAUGGUGAUCGGAGCACUGGCUCCGCAGGUCGAGGUGACCUUCAUAAUGCCAUCGCAGACACCGGGCAAGGAAAAUUCCGGGGGCGAUCUCGAAUCCGUAGUGCCCGACACAUCGAGCAUCAUCGACGAAAUCGGGGGUGGGAGUGUUUGGCAGAACGCUGCUUCGGCCAGGGUGGAUUACAGCACGAAGCGUAUGAACACGAGUAACGACGUCGACACGCCGCAGAGCGAGAUCUCGUCGAUGCUGUCGAUGGACUUUGCCGGGCACAACGUUAACGCAGUCACCUCCCAGACGACUGUAGUCACGUUCAAACAGCACAACGGCUCGGAAAGUAGGGUCGAGCAAAAAGCAACGGCGGCGGCGUCGAACGAGCGGCACUCGUGGGUGAGGAGCAACGUGUCCGAGGAGAAGCCCAAAUUGACGAAAAUGGACUCGGUUACCGGCAUCAUCCCCAACAAUUUCAACGUCAAUCUGUCGUCCAUGAAAAAAGGCUUUAGUAAUUUCAUGACGUCGCUCGACUCGGCGCUCAAGCCGUCGCCCGAUGACGGCAGCGACACCAUAUCCAUGCAGAGCGACGUUAGUUCCGACAGCGAAAAUUAUAUUGUCGUUUCGCUCGAAGAUCAGGAAAAAAUGGACGCGGCUUUCAACGUAGACACCUCGAUCAAAAUAGCAGUCGUCGAGGAGGCGAGUGAGGUCAUGGAGGAGACGUUGGACACGCAGAGCGAAAAAUCGAUGGACAGCGCGUGUAAAAGGAAGGAUUUGGUGUCCAUGACAACGUUCAAGCUCUCGAAAGUGGAAAUCAUCCAGCAAUCGUCCGGCUUUUCUUCGGCAAUCAAGGUCCAAGUCUGCAACGUGGCUAACGAGGAGUGCUCUUCCAUACCGUGGGAUGAGUUCCAGUUCUUAAGAUCCAAUGAAUAUUGCUGGGAAACAGCGACUUGUAUCGAGGAAUUAAUUCUUGACAAGUUGAAAACCACGACGGAGAGCCGGAGCGCCCAAGACGCGAAGGAAGCGACCUCGCUGAAGGAGGAGAACGAGAAGCUGGCCUCGGAAAACGACGGGCUGCGGCGCCGGCUGGUCAUGCUGGAGCGCUUGCUCGACGAGAACACGCACUACCGUCGCGCGGAGCAAGAGUUGCGCUCGUGCCUCGACACGGCCAGGCAGGACAUAAACGAGCUGCUCAAGGAGAAGAGGGGCCUGCAGGAGUCCCUGGUCGACCUCCAGAGCCAACUGCCCGGCUCCUUCGGCGCGAGUAGCCGGAGCUCGGUGUGGUCCAACAAGAGAUAG